AUGGGAAUGUCCACAAACAAGUGUGGGGCUCGUUGGACAUCUUGGCUCACCAAAAACAUGCUUUUAUUAAUGACAAUGGCUGGUAUUGUGAUGGGAGUGAUAAUUGGAGGAGUGUUAAGAAACUUGGAACCGUCUCAAGAAAUUGUUAAAUAUGUUGGGUUCCCCGGAGAGUUAUUCAUGAAUAUGUUGAAAGCAAUGGUGUUGCCUUUGAUUGCUGCUAGUAUUGUGUCAGGACUAUCCCAAUUGGAUGGGAAAACGUCAGGGCGUUUGGGGUCUCGUGCUGUUAUGUACUACGUCAUUACUACUACACAUGCGGUUAUUCUUGGAAUCAUAGUGGUCUCCAUCAUCCACCCAGGAGAUCCAACUAUAAAACAAAAAAUGGGAAUUGAAGAAGGGGCAACUGCAAAUGAAUCUGCUGCUCAAAAGUUUUUGGAUUUGUUCAGAAAUGCGUUCCCGGAAAAUAUAAUGCGAGCCACAUUUUCUCAGUACCAAACCCACUAUGUCAACGUAACAAAUUCUAACGGAAUACAAAAAACAGAAUUGAAAACUGGAUAUGUUGAUGGGAUGAAUGUACUGGGUAUCAUUGUGUUUUGUAUUGUCAUGGGUCUGGUGAUUUCGAAAAUUGGAGAAGAGGCAAAGCCUUUAGCUAAUCUAUUCCAUGCUUUGGAUGUUGUUAUCACUCGAAUGGUUAUGAUUAUUAUGUGGCUAGGACCGAUUGGAAUUCCAUCACUGAUUGCUCAAAAAAUGUUGGAAGUUUCUGACUUAUGGCAAACCGCACGAGUGUUGGGGCUUUUUGUGUUCACUGUUAUUUUGGGAUUGGGCAUUCAGGCGUUUAUCACCUUGCCCCUGAUUUAUGUCAUUGGAACUCGUCACAAUCCAUACAAGUUUUUAAGUGGUCUCGGACAAGCCAUCAUGACUGCAUUAGGUACUUCUUCGAGUGCUGCUUCUCUUCCAGUCACUUUCCGAUGUCUCAAUAAACUGGGAAUUGAUCCAAGAGUCACUAAGUUUGUACUACCAGUCGGAGCAAUGGUGAACAUGGAUGGAACUGCUUUGUAUGAAGCGACAGCCUCAAUUUUUAUUGCUCAAAUGAACGGCUUGGAUCUGUCGGCUGGUCAAAUUAUUACAGUAUCCAUAACUGCCACGUUAGCAUCUAUUGGUGCGGCAUCUAUCCCAUCGGCGGGUCUCGUUACUAUGCUGAUUGUUUUGACUGCUUUAGGACUUCCAGCUAACGAUAUUUCUCUAAUUUUGGCUGUAGACUGGGUUUUGGAUCGACUCCGGACUUCGGUCAACGUUAUCGGAGAUGCUUUAGGUUGUGGAUUUGUGCAUCAUAUUUGUGCGGAUCAUUUGAAUGCUGAUGUGGCAGAAGCUGAGAAAGCUCAUGCUUUUGUGGAAGCUCAUGGUGUCAACUUUGAUGAGUUAGAAAAGGAAAUCGAACAAGAGAACAACAACCACAAGACCAUCCAACAUGUAUAA